AUAAUGAUUAUAUGAAUAAUUCCCAAAUUGUGUGCCAAGGAUUGUUAACUGGGUUUAUGUCUAUACUGUGAUCACAUGUAUCCAGGGACCGAUCAUAAACAUGACUAACCUAAGCUACAACAUAGAUGGCUAUUUUUUUAGCAGCCUAAAAAAAAAUUAUAGCCCAGCCAAUUGAAUAACCUACGUCAAGGAAUCAUUUGCACUACAUUUGGAGAAAAAAAAAGGGAGAAGAGGAAAGCUGCACAUCUCUACACACAGGGAAAAAAAGGAGAGGAAAAAAAAGAAAAAGAAUGCACAAUCCAUGGACAAAAAGAAAGAAAAGUCGAAGAAAUUGUUUAUGACUAUUUCUUAGAGUUGUCGACUUUGUCACCAAACUCAUAUAGAUCAUGAAUUAUUUUAAUUAUAUGAAGACUCGAAGGGUGCAACUUAUAUAGUGUAGCGGUAAGUCUUAUUAUGCCCCUCUUGAUCAUGUGUGUUUUUUUUUAAAUUUUAAAUUUUUAUGGUUAUCAAUAAAAUUACAUCGUACUGUCAAGUUUUCUAUAUACUUAAUAUGUUUAUAUAUGUAAAGUAAAUUUAGCCCAAUCAAGUUUGAAAUCCUAAAUCCAUCCCUACAUGUAUCACACAAAAAGUUCAUUAAUCAAUUUUUUAUUUUGUUAUAAAUCCUGCUUAGGUUAGGUUAGGUGGAUUUUUUUUGUUUUUUGUUCUUGAGAUCGCUAUAUAAUAGAAGCAAAACUAUACUGCUUAAGCAUUGCAGGAAAACAGCAAGGACCGUGAGCACCACUCUUUCAGCUUUUCCUGUCUUGAAUACCAUGGCAACACCUCAACCUCCUCCUGCUCUUCCCCAAUACUUGCAAGAACAUGAAUUCAGCCAAGAAAACAGAGACUUUAUAUCCUCUCUGCCUACAGAAAAAGGUUGGGUUUCAAACCACCUUCAUCAGUACCAAGGUUUUUGGCAUGCAACUAGACACAUGCAGGGAGUUUUAGCAUGCCAGAAACACUUCCAGGCCCUAGACACUGACAUCCUUCUUGUUAGCACUCCCAAAUCAGGCACUACUUGGCUCAAGGCUAUUCUGUUUGCCUUGGUGAAAAGGGCGCAACAUCCAGACCCUCAACAACACCUUCUGAUCACAAACAUCCCUCAUGUUCUGGUGCCCUUCUUGGAGCUGAACGUAUACAUGGAGAAAGAGGUUCCUGACCUCACCGCUUUGACCCCUCCGAGGCUCUUUUCGACUCAUUUGCCAUAUGUGUCUCUGCCUGAUUCUGUCAAACACUCUGCAUGCAAGGUUGUUUACUUGUGCAGAGAUCCUAAGGACACAUUUGUUUCUCUUUGGCACUUCGCCAACAAAUUGAGAGCCAAAAGUAGGGGCACCAUUUCACUUGAAGAAGCGUUUGAUAAGUUCUGCAAAGGAGUGAGCUUGGAUGGGCCCCUUUGGGAUCAUGUGUUGGGGUAUUGGAAGGAGAGUUUGGAAAGGCCUGAAAAGGUAAUGUUCUUCAAGUUUGAGGAAAUGAAAGAAGAGCCCACUCUUCACUUGAGGAGGCUAGCUGAGUUCUUGGGGUGCCCGUUUUCCCCAGAGGAACGUUGAGGUUGGAGA